AUCAACAGUAAUGCCACCUCGAUCUCGUCGGUGGAUGAGGAAGUUCCUAGGCCGCGAUUCACAAGUCUAGACAGCACUACGAGCACACUAGCUGUCCCGCAAGUAGUCGUCCAAUCCGAGGGUGCGAAGACUGCGGAGAGGAAGCCGUCCAUAUCAUCAUUGAAUCCGUCGACGAGCCGCUUCAUGCUCAAGCUGCCUCUUCUCGGAAGACCGAAGAUUCCGCUGGAGCAGGCCGUUGCGACAGCUCAGUCCGAGGACAUUCGGGACCCAGCAGAUCACCCAACUACGGUAGACGACCAUGCAGGCGUGGCCAGCGAGGCACCUGCUGAAUCGUCGACCGCUGUUGACAGCCAGGAAACCCUCACGCAGCCACCUCCCAUUGGGCAAACCGACACAGCACAAGCGUCUUCAGCUCAGAGCGCAGAUGCGACGGGAGCGUCUAACGGCGGCCAGAACACCCACAGCCCACGCGCUGCCUCAUGGUGGGACUAUGUUGGGUGGGGUGGUGCUAAUUCGGAAGAUCACGUCAAGACGUCCGAGGACAGCAAGGAGACCGUGGACUCGCAAGAUAGCGUGCAAACCGAGAGCGGACCGUCCGCCGCUGUAGACUCUUCCGCAGUACGGCUCCCCGACGCAUCCACCACCGUAGAAGUUUCCGCAGCACCUCCGGCGGACGCCUCCGCGGCCAUAUCCGAGAACGCCACUCCACCGACGCGUACCGACACGGCGGCAGCGCCACAGGCCGGUCAGACGGCUGCAAAGCCGUCGUCUGUGUUUUCUUCAGACACUGUCAAGAGUCACGGGUCGACGUGGUACUCGCCAUGGGCAUGGUACGGUACCUCACCGACAACGGCUUUGAGCCCUCAAGGCGAGCCUGGCAACGUCGCAGACCAACCUUCUGCCGACUCAGAAGAAAGUCCCAAGACGGAGUCUGAGUUGGUCAAGGAGGAGGCCCUCGCGAGGGAACAGCGCGAAGCGGAGGCAGCGUCGUCUGCUGAGUCAACCAAGCCUUCUCCGCCCGAGUCAUCCGCGGGCGAAGCGACUCCUAAGGGCGUACUGGCCGCACCCAAUUCUCUCAACCCUGUAGAGUCGUCCAUCGCCAACAACAGAUCAGGUUGGAUGUCCUUUCUCAUGUCGAAGACGUUGACCGUGAAGUCGGUGACGAACGAGAGUCACGACGAGCAGGCUGACGGGAUGGAGGUGAUGGAGAUUGAUGACGCGCCGCAAACGUCCGCAGCGAUACCCAUACCGACGGCUAACGAUGUGCAGAGCGCGGGUGCCGCCUCCUCUAUGAAGUCCUCGCUCGGCGUUUCUUCACCGAUACCCUCGCCCACGCCGAAGUCCCCUUUGGGCAAGUCGCCUACCGGACCCCCUCCAAAGGAGCGCGAGCCGAGGAAGCCCGAUCCCGCCGCGCCGCUCACCGAGAACGAGUCCAUCAAGAGGGACACGACGAAGGGCGCCGCUCGGGCACCCUCCCCGACCCCAUCCAAGGCCUCUGGGACGACCUCUCCGAACGGUGCGGCGCCUCCGCCUCCCAACUUCGUCCUACCCACCUGGGAGGACACGUUCCACUCCCCGCCGCGUUCCUACGUACCGCCGCGGAGCCAGGGCGCGAAGUCCAAACUGACGGGCGCCCUGUCCUUCGUCGCGGGGGCGCUCUUUUCCAAGGACGACAGCGCACCGGGGAAGAGUAGGGGGAAGGGCAAGGGCAAGGAGCGUGAGCCCCCUGCGCCAGCGCCCGAGUUCGUGCGGUUCGGGCGGGAACUACCGAAAGCAUUCGACAUCCUCGGGGAGCAGCUCAAUCCGUACAUGCUCAAUGGUGGAUGCAGGGUCGUCGUGAUUGGGGUUGCUGGUUGGUCCCCAGGUGCGGUUACGCGGACGCUCGCGGGCGGGCUGCCUUCCUCGAGCAGCAAGUUCGUGGACAUGACCGCGCAGGCGCUUGAACGGUUCGCAGAGGAGAACAGCUUCAAGUUCAAGAAGAUCACGCGGAUGCCUCUCGAGGGCGACGGCACCAUCCGUAAGAAGGUUCUAAGAGUGUACAAGCACCUCAUCAACAAUGAGGAGUGGAUGGAAGACCUGCACGCGGCCGACGUGAUAUUCGUGGCGAGCCACUCGCAGGGCGCCAUUAUCUCCACCCAUCUCAUCGACCGCUUGAUCGAAGAUGGGCACAUUCUGACCUCGCGCAGCGUGGACGUCCUUGCGAAAUCUGUAGCCUCAAUAGCAGCGGGCGGUGCGGCCGCCGUGCCAGCCACCCAGGCACAGAAGGUAUGCCUGCUCGCGCUGUGCGGCAUCCACCUCGGGCCUCUGCGGUACCUCAAGACAAGCUCGCUACUGCAGCCGUACAUUCAGUACGUGGAGAACCCGGCCGCCCGUGAACUUUUUGAGUUCCAGGAUACGGAGUCGAAGCUGUCGAAGAACUACGUCGGCGCGCUCAGAAACAUCAUGGAUCACGGCGCUAAGGUCGUUUACGUCGCGUCCCUAAACGAUCAAGUGGUCCCGAUAUAUUCAGGACUGUUCACAGCUGCGUCGCAUCCCAGGAUCCUGCGCGCCUUGUACAUCGAUAAUGAUGCAUACCAUUCGUCUGAUUUUCUCUCCAACCUACUGAUUCUUCUCAUCCGCAUUCUGAACGCGGGGCUCUCUGAUCGCGGGCUGCUUGCUCAUCUGUCCGAAGCAACCGCGGGCACGCUAAGCGGAGUUGGACAUUCAUCUGCCUAUGAAGAACCAGCGACGUACUCCCUUGCGGUCAAAUACUUUUUCAUGACGAACGACGGCACUAACGCCGAUGCGGAGCUCGUUAUCAACCCUUUCAACGCCGUGGAGGAGCAGAACGACUACGAGAUCCCAUGGUUGCUCCGUGAUAUGAUUGCGGACAACAAGAUCGCGCAUUUCUUCGCGCGCGAGUUCUCCCAACUGCGGGACGCAUUCGACGACUGGCAACCCAAGACGACCAUUCUCCGGGAUGUGAAGAAGAAGCUGCAACCGAUCACGCGGAUGUCGACUAUUCAGCUGGCGCCCGGCCCUUCCUUGAGCAAACUCUGACGACACGACACGCACACGACCGGACAUUAGCCACACACACACGCACGGACGCUUCGCCCACAUGCUUUCUCACCCCGCACGCACGCCAUAUUUGUAUCACAUGUUGUAGAGUACAUACCUUCCGUCAUGUAGACUAUCUGUUAGGGCACAUACUUUCGGUUCCUUCUCACUUUCAUUUCGUCAUUUGGGCGGAGACCCCUACAUCGUAUUGGAUAGAUGUCGCACAUUUAAUCCCACACCAAGCAUGAUACAUGAUAUUCGUCGUAAUCUCAGUACCAC